GUUGGACAUUCUUGAACUGCUCCUGAGUGUUGCUGCCGUACUUGGCCAAUUUGUCGUCCGUGAUGAUGCUCAUGCGCUUCGCCAUGGCGUCGACGAGAGCCUGGUCGCGUUGGUUGAGUUCAGGCUCCUGAUCCUCCCCAGGUUGCUGGGGCACGAUAUUUGUGGACAUCCGUGCCAGGAGUUUUAGUUGCCAGCUGAUUCCGAGUCGUUACCGGCUUUGCCAAGGGCGGAUGGUGUCUCCAAGCUGUACGUACACCAUUAUUGCACAUUCGCGCCACACUUAGCAGCGCGCUUGCACUGGGGAUGCUGUGGCAGGUCAUGUUGUUGGUGCGCGUGUCCAUAUUUUCGCCGUGCGUCGCUCCACCACAUCGGUGUUAUUCUCGAGGCUUGCUGUGUUUUAGGUGGGCAGUCUGUCAUUGGGAAGCCAUGGCUGCACUCGGGAUCCUUUUUGCCUCUGGGCUCGCGGCCGCAGCCUCGGCAGUCGAGCUGACGCCCGAGAACUGGGACGCGCAGACGGCGGGCAAAACCGUCUUUAUCAAGUUCCAGGCUCCGUGGUGAGGACACUGCAAGCGCAUGAAACCCGACUGGGACAAGCUGAUGAAGAAUUGGAACAAGGGAGAGAGGGCAAAGACCAGCCUGAUCGCCGACGUUGACUGCACCGACGAGAAAGCGAAGCCCCUCUGCGAGACCCACGGGGUCAGAGGCUUCCCCACCAUCAAGUGGGGCGACCCCAGCUCUCUGGAGGCCUACGAGGGCGGCCGGGAGUACGACGCCCUCAAGAAGUUCGCCAAGGCAAAUCUCAAGCCCAUGUGCAGCCCGACGAAUAUUGAUCUAUGCGACGCGGAGAAGAAGGCCGAGAUUGCUAAAUUCCAGGCCAUUCCGUUGGAGGAGCUGGAAAAGCAGAUCGCGGCAAAAAAACAAGAGAUUGAGGACAUAGGGAAAAAAUUCGAUGAAGACGUGAAGGCUCUGCAGGGCACCUACGAGAAGCUGCAAACUGACAAGAAGACGACGAUCGACGAUAUCAAGGCGUCUGGACUUGGUCUCAUGCAGGCAGUACAAGCGGCUGCGGCCAAGCCGAAGGGCAAGGAGGAGCUGUAAGGGCGCUCCGCGCUGCAGUGCCGAUGCGCACGUCGGCCCAAGGCAAAACCAAACUUAGCCGAGCGUUUCCACCAGAAGUGCUACUUUUGCACACCUGGGAUGUCUACUCUCUCCUUCCUUUCUCCUCCCUUCUUCCUUCUCUCGAUGAUCAAGGAAUAUAGACAGACUUUCGGAGCUUUCUCCCUCCCUCCCUCCUCCCUUCCCCCCGCUCGUCCGACCCCCGAGAGGGCGGGCGGCUCCUGCCCCGCGGCGCAGCGGUGACGCCUGGGCUAUGGGGACCUGGCUGGCGCGCAUCCGCGCGCGGGAGGUCCGCCGCCCUAGGCCGAUGAGCGUCGCCGAGGGCCAGACGCCCUGGACCGGGAGCAUGGGGGAGGGGACUCGGGCUCGGUCUCGGGCUCGGGCGAGGGCUCGGGG